AUGAAUACCGAAUUUCUGGAAAACGUCUCACAGACAGAGAUCCCGGACAAGCUGCCCAAACUCUCAAAGGGGGAGCACAUUUUUGAUAAAUACGUAUAUGGAUUGCGAGUUAAGAAGAGUGACUGGCGGCGUAUCUGCAAGGAACUAAACCUCGACUGGGCUAAAGACCCAUACAAGGCGGAAGUAACGGCACUACAGUGGGCGAUUCGAAAGGCAGACAUGGAGUUCACGACCGUCAAGCUCAUGCUAGAGUAUAAGUUUCCCUACUUUGUCAGAACACUCGAGGUUAUUCCUUUCGCCAAUUCGAACGAGCGCCGCUGUGACGAACGUAUUUUCUUUUCUGCCAAGCAAAUUACACGUAUAUGUGAAGUACUCAAUAUCACACGCAAACCGAAGUGGUAUGAGCAGCACAGAGACUACGACCAGAAUGACGAUAACGAUUCUUCGGACAGCGGGGAAGAGGGUAUGCCUGUUUGCGGAGGUGAAGAAGAUGAGAAUAUAGCAUACCUGUCUUUGCCCCACCCAUGGGAAUCGUUCUUACAAGUUUAG